UUCGAACGAAAAACGAAAUUUCUUCAAAAUGAUCACCUAUAAAAGUUCAUGAGAAUUGAUGUUGUGAUAUUAUUUGAAAUCAAGUUCACGUCUUUGUGUAUACAGUGCCUCCAUCUUCCAAAGAAGAAGCUAUUCAGUUUUCAAAUUCAUCUGCUGAUGGAGCGAAUGAGUCUUUAUGGUGCUUCUAUCUUCCUUCUUCGUGCUCCAGCUGCCAUCUCCAGCCAGUCGUCAUCCCUUUCCUUUCUCUAUCACCUUCAUCCUUCUUGUGUCUGUUUCUCGUUUCGCGGUCGUCGAAGGUUUUCUUCGAUCCCCAUCCCUUGUGUAGACGACCCGAACCAGCUCUUGAGAUACGUGAGGAAACAUUGUAGAAAUGGAGGUGUGUUUAAGAGUGUCAGUGAUGCCUCGUAUUGCAUCAAUAAAAUGAUAAAGACAAAUCCUUUGCCUUCUGCCAGGGAUUUUAGUCUACUGUUGGGUGCUAUAGCGAGGAUGAAGCAGUACUCCACUGUGAUACGGUUGAUUGAGCAGCUGCUUUGGUUGGGGAUCGAGCAUGAUGUUGUUUUGCUGAAUAUUUCAUUGAAUUGCUUUUGCUGUUUAAAGCAGGUUGAGUUGGGAUUGUCUAUUCUGGGCAGAAUCUUCAAGCUCGGAUUUCACAUCGAUGUGGUCACAUCGAGCACCCUAAUUGAUGGUCUCCUUAAUAAGGGCAAAACUGAUCAAGCGUUGAGGUUCCUCGAUGAUAUGGUUCUAAAUGGUCCCGCACCUGAUGAGAUCACGUAUGCGAUAAUUGCGAAGGGGUUAUGCAGGGCGGGAAACACCAGAUUAGCGAUUGAAUUGCUAAGGGAUUGGGAAGAGAGAAGUUGCAGGCUGAAUUCCUUCACAUACAGCAUAGUAAUAGAUAGUCUUUGCAAGGAGGGAUUGAUCACAGAAGCGUUGAGGCUGCACGAAGGUAUGAGUACGAAAGGCAUUGAGCCAAAUGUUGUUACCUAUAACUCCUUGAUCCACGGUCUGUGCAAUGUAGGCCAGAUGGAAGAUGCUCUCGUAUUGUUGGAACAGAUGACAAGCAGAGGCACCCAACCGGACUUGCUCACUUAUAACUCGUUGGUUCAUUGCUUAUGCAGCCUAGGCCAAUGGAAAGAUGCUACGGUCUUGUUGGACAAGAUGAUGAAGGCAGGAAUUGAACCGAACGUCGUUACUUAUACCUCCGUCAUUCAAGGGGUGUGCAAUUCUGGCCAAUUGAAAGAGGCUCGAAGAUUGCUGAGUCAUAUGGUUAAAAGCCGAGUAAUGCCAAACGUCCGGACCUUUACUAUUCUGGUGGAUGCACAUUGUAAGGAGGGAAUGCUCCUGGAGGCACGGGCCAUAGUCGAUCAGAUGAUUCAAUUAGGUAAAAUCCCUGAUAGUUUCACUUAUAAUGCAUUGAUGAAUGGUUAUUGUUUGCAAAAUAGGAUGCAGGACGCUAUGGAAGUGCUUAAUUUGAUGGUUGAAAGAGGCUGCUCACCUAAUGUUGUUUGUUAUAACAUAUUGAUUAACGGAUACUGCAAAGCAAGAAGAGUUGAGAAGUCAAAGAUGCUUUUGGGAGAAAUGUUGCAAAGGGGAGUGAUUCCUAACAUCAUCACAUACAGCACUCUCAUAAAUGGAUUUUGCCAGGUUGGGAACCUUCAAGCUGCGGAGGAGCUAAUCAACGAGAUGCAAUCUCGCGAUCUCUCUCUUAAUCAUUAUAUCUUGAGCGCUUUCUUGGAUGGCUUGUGUAAAGUGCAGCAGAUUGACAAGGCCAUUACAUUGCUUCGAAAGAUGGAAGAUUCCAAGUUCAUCCCAAACAUUGUGGCUUACAAUAUUCUGAUAAACGGCAUGUGUAAUGCCGGAAAGCUCGAUGAUGCUAUGGACCUGUUUAAUUGUUUGCAUGCUCGAGGCUUGCAACCUAAUGUGCGGACGUAUAGUAGUGUCAUGCAUGGAUUGUGCAAAGGAGGUCGCACAGAAGAAGCAUAUCAGCUGCUAAAGGAGAUGGAAGGAAAUGGACUCUUUCCAGAUGGCGUCACUUAUAAUUCAAUUAUACAAGGACUACUCAAAAAUAACGAAAAUACGAGAGCAGCGCAACUUGUUGGUGAAAUGGUUGAAAGGGGUUUUUCUGCAAAUGUGGGAACGAUGGAGUUGUGGGUUAAAUAUUGCGUGACAAAUGGAACUUCUUCCUUUCCUAGUUGAACUCUGCAUUGGCUCUGAGAUAUGUCCAAUUUUUCAUCUGAAAUGUGUAUGAAGAGUAAACCAGACCAAAGGCAAGUUUUCUUCGUCACAUCAUCUCUUUCAGUCCCUUGUCCCAUUACUGAAGUUAUUUUAAGUCUGGGCACUGUUGACUGAAUUGAACCGCCCAAGAAGGCAAAUAUUUGGAGGGGUGGAAGGUGGAUUUUGUUUCUAAGACCUAUGUUCGGUGCGAAAUCUCUAUUUUUAACUGGUACAUGUACUUGUUGUUUAGUGCUUCUGGUGCCUAACGUUCUUCAAACUGGUGAAAUUCGUAUAAAUGAUCAAGGGGUCUGAGGAUGAUCUUGAAUUAAAUAGAUGUUAAUGGCAAUAACUUUACUAUGUAAUAAAGUAUAUUAAGUCAUGAGUCCUGAUUUGCCUGUUGUGUAUGUGCUUCGAGAAGGAGAUCCUAGUUCUCUGCUAUACUCUUUUCCUAACACAUUCUGAUCCCUUCAAUGUCCUAUUUACCAUAGUUAUUUCAAAGAAGAAGCAUACCUUGAAGUGGAUGGUAUUUGAAACAAUAGUGGAGAACAUUUGGGUCAAGCUGGGUACUCGGAUUAUCAGCACAGGGUGAUUAAAUAUUUGGGUUAUUUGCUCUGCUUCUUACAUGCAAAUAACAGUGAAGUCUGAGGGAUGGCUUGCUGACUAAGGAACAUGGCUGCAAGUCUAUGAAAACUACAUGAAGUGUCCACUCCUUCGCACUGUGUGAAAUUUUCCAAAAGCAUCUGAUGAUGGGUGAACAUGAACGCCCUGGACAGACAUUCCCAAUGUUAGACGUCUUGAGUGAACACCAAUCAACUUAACUGCAGUCAGGCCGAGAUGAUGUGAA